AAACGCACCGCUUGUCCGCUUGGCACCGCUUUCUUGAUGGCGUCCGUUCGGCGAACGUUUUUGUUUCUGUGAUGUGUAAAAUUAAAUACUUAUCAAGACAUCGUUCUUGCUAUAUAGUUUUAGUGAAUUAGUUAGAAAUAGUAUGAUAAUUGUAAUUAAUAUAGAAUUAGCAUCAUAGCUGUGACAAUGGCAACUAAAUCAACCGAUUGGAGGCCCGGCCCUACGGUCUGCCGUUGCUGCCUCUCCGAAGGAUGUUACAAAGAUAUAUCCACUGAAUAUUUUUGGAUGGGCAAGAGAGAAGUGUAUGCGGAAAUGCUUCUGAAUUCAUUCAAUCUUACUAUCUCCUAUUCGCAAUCGGGUGGGCCGAAUAGCAACAGUCGUCUGAUAUGCGAACCAUGCAUCUCCAGGCUGCGGGACGCCACCGACUUCAAGAGGCAAGUGCAGGAGUGCGAGAAGACCUUCACUCAGUACCUCGACCCUGGUGUGUCUUCCAUUUCGGAGACAGAAGUUCCCAUCGAUCAGCUGGAUUCCCAAGUGAAAGUGGAGCAGGUGAAGGUCGAGAAGAUGGCCAGUGACGAUGACGACUUCGACGACAGAACCGGCUUCGACGACGACGAUGACGACGAUCUUGAUGACCAACCGCUAACGAAGUUGGCGAGCAAAGUGCCCAAGAAAGAGUCCGUGGACAUUCUAGAUCUACUGGACAAUGCGAAGGCAGCGCUCAAGAGGAAAUCCUCAACUAAAACUAAAUCCGCUCCAGCUAAAAAGAGCAAAACAACCAAAAAGGAAGCAAAACCGACCAGCAGUAGCUCCAAAACUGUGAAAAUUGAGAAGAAGAAAAAAGGAUCUGACAACAAUCUUAAAUGGAACCCCAAGCGCAAGUAUAACGAUCAUAGAGACAAUGCUGCGAUUAUUUUAGAGUAUUCUAAUGCGUUCCCAUUCAGAUGGAAGCGUGGCUCUUUCAUCUGCGGGUACUGUCAACUCGCGUUUGGCGAUCUAUCAGCCGUACGAGAUCAUUCCAAGGAACACUGUAAUAAAAGCGAGGCAGUACGUUUCUCGAAGCGCGGCGACAAUAUUAAAAUAGACAUCACAGGACUUCGAUGCGAGCUUUGCUCCGAAAAAAUGGUAGAUAUUAACGCCUUGAAAGAACAUUUACUGACCGUUCACAACAAACCCUUCGUACCGAAACACGACUUAGGCGUGACGCCAUUUUUGACUGACAAUAACGAUUUCUUAUGCACACAUUGUAACGAAAGGUUCGAAGUGUUUACCAAAGUGAACACGCACAUGAAUAAGCAUUACCAAAACAACAUUUGCUAUGAAUGCGGAAAAUCGUUUUCUGCGCCAAGCAGACUUAAAGCACAUUUAGCCAUACACGCCUCGACCACCAAAGAGCAGCCGAAAUGUACGAAAUGUGAUAAAGUUUUUUCAACGAAAAUACAGAAAUACAGUCACAUUGCUUUAGUCCAUGGACCGGAGUAUAGAUACCGAUGCCCCUUCUGCAAAGACAGUUUCAAAAGUUAUUUACUUCGAUCAAAACAUCUCAAUGAAGCUCAUGACAGAAAAGUUGAAUACCAGUGUCAUUUGUGUCCUGCUGUUUUUACGAUGUUCAACCAGAGAACAAGACACAUCGAACAGGUUCACUUAAAAGUCAAAAAAUUCUUUUGUGUACUGUGCCCGGCCCAAUUUGGCACUGCUGCCCAAUUGAAGAACCAUGUUGUGAAACACACUGGGGAGAGGAACUUUCACUGCGAAGUCUGCAAAAAGUCUUACCCACGCCAAAAAACUCUCAAAGAACAUAUGCGGAUACACAACAAUGAUAAGAGAUUUGUUUGCGAGUAUUGCAAUCAUGCCUUUGUACAAAAAUGUAGUUUGAAAAGUCAUCUAAGAGCACAUCAUCCUAACGCGGAAUCUCUUAAAAAAGAAGACAUAAAUGUAAUUUGAAAAUUUUAAUAAAUUGUAAUGAUGGAAGUAUGUACACGAUCUUACUUAAUAAAAGCUUUUUCUUUGAAAUAAGUUUAUGUUUUAUUUUCUUACAUUACAUUUUAAUGUUUUCUACAUCAAGACCAUUAUUAAACUUAGUUUUAUGUGAAUAAGAAAUUUUGGACGUCUAUCCAGAUCCUAUAUGGGACGUUUUUCUAUUUUUAGGAAGAAAAUCUCAAUAGAUAGUAAACGAAGCCAAAACAUGCGCAGAACAGUCUGGUUCAGAGAUAAACGCAGCUGCAUUGUUAGCAUCAGCUCGCGAUAUCGGCGACGAGAAACGAUCCUUGUUUCGAAGGAAUAUAACACUCAUAAUUGAAUGUUGUACUGCUUACCCUUUCAAGUACAGGAAAGGGACGUAUUUGUGUUUCUAUUGUAAAAACACGUUCCUAGAACCGGAAAAGCUAAGGGAACACAACAAAACCCACCAUUCGGACAUUCAAAUUACGGUCAAACCGAGGAAAUAUGAGCCUCUAAAAAUGGACUUCACGAAAAUCGCAUGCAAACUUUGCGGUGUAGACAUACUCGAUUACACAUCUUUGAAACUGCACUUGAAAACAGAACAUAACAAAACGAUCGACUGCACUUACGGUGAAUGUGUGCUGCCUUAUAAGUUAAGUAAAGAUGAAUAUUGCUGUCAGAUCUGCGGUAAGAGAUACGAAAUGUUCCUCAGUCUCCAUAAGCACAUGAACGACCAUUACGGGCAUUAUAUUUGUGAGAAUUGCGGGAAGAACUUUGUGACAUUGCAGAGGAUGGUGAAUCACGCCAGGACUCAUGAACGAGGCUGUUUCCCCUGUAGACAAUGCAAGGAAACCUUUCCGUCUUAUGCAGCGAUGUACGCUCACGUGGCUAAAGUGCAUCGUUCGAAUAAGAGAUACAAAUGCCCAGUCUGCGAUGAAAAAUUCGCCUCGUACAAGCAUCGCGUGAAGCACUUGAAUACGGUACACGGUGAGAAGACGGCUGUCUUCCCUUGCACCCUGUGUCCUAAAGUCUUCGAUCUGUGCAGCCGCCGGACUGCACACUUCAAGUUCCAGCACCUUCAAGAACGGAAGCACAUCUGUCACGAGUGCGGAAUGAAGUUCUUCUCCAAUUAUGAGUUACAGGAGCAUUCUAUUAAACACAACGGUGAAAGGAUAUACCAGUGUGAUGUUUGCAAGAAAUCAUAUGCUAGACUGAAGACUCUUAGGGAACACAUGAGGAUACACAACGAUGACCGGAGAUUCGUCUGUUUUGUGUGUGGACAAGCGUUCAUUCAAAAUUGUAGUCUCAAACAACACGUUAGAGUGCAUCAUCCGACGCAUAUAAAGAACGACAUUAGUGCCUAAGGCCCCGUACCUAAUUUUAAUUCGACUUAAACAAAUGUGUAAACGUGUGCGCUGGCUCGCAGAUGCGAUAAAAACCUAGACAGUUAGAGAUGGUACCAAUGUGAUGGAUUAAAGCGAUUUCCUCUUAAAUAAUAUCUAAGAUCACUUAUUUGUACCUAUCUGUAAUAAAAUGAGUGCCCAAAUGAAAGACAGUGCGAUAGGUAGGUUCAGAUGUUUACUACUCGGAAGCCAAUCGGAGCUGUAAAAGUAACGAGAUAUUUGGUACUCGUAUUCGUUAUUAUAACAAUCAAUACUCGUUACUAUCGUACCGUUACGUUACUUGUUACUUUCGGUACUAGUGUAAGCCACUGCAUUGAUCGAGUCGAGUCGAGUUACGUAUAAUAUGACGUUGUGCGUUUAAAUUAAACUUGUUUCAAUUUCAGCUUCAAGCUUUGUCUAAUCAAUUUCCUUUCUUACUGUACUUAUAAUAGUAUACUAGAUUGAAGUUCAAC